CAAGAACAGACCCUUCCUCACGUACGCUUCAUUUCAGUUUGAUGUUCAAACCGUCAGCAUGGAGGUCAGCGGUCUCUGCAUCAGACUGUUGAUCCACAUGUUCAUCCUGAUGUUUGCACAUGCUCACAAAGUUGUCGUCUCAGAUUCGGUGUUUCUUCAUCCUGAACCAAACAGACUGCAGUUCUUUGAAUACAAGCCUGUUACCUUCCAUUGUGAGGGCUUCUAUGGCUCAACAGGACUGAAUGUUGUCCAUCAGACCAAAGGGAAGUUACCUUCAUGUUCUACUAAAACUACAAUGUCAUCCACCGUGUCGUCCUGCACUCUUAGAAAUGUUUAUCUUGAAGACAGUGGAGAGUACUGGUGUGAGUCUGGAGGAGGGAAGAGAAGCAACAGCAUCAAUAUCACUGUAACUGCUGGUUCUGUGGUCCUGGAGAGUCCUGUCCUCCCUGUGACGGAGGGAGAAGCUGUAACUCUACGCUGCAGGAACAAGACGACGUCAUCCAACCGCUCAGCUGAGUUCUACAAAGACGGCGUCUUCAUCAGAAGCAGCUCUACAGGACAGAUGGUCUUCCAGAGAGUGUCAAAGUGUGACAAAGGAUUCUACAAGUGUAGAAUCUCUGGAGGUGAAGAAUCAGCUGAGAGCUGGUUGGCUGUCAAAGGACUUGGUGUUGUCUCCGCAGAGCUCCAUUCCCCCUUGAACUUUUGGUUCAUGGUCUUCAGAAACGUCCUUCCUGUUGUGAUGAUGUCUCUGCUGCUGCUGAUGCUGGGAUUCCUCCACUGUGGUAAACGCAGAGAUAUACAACACCAUCGUACGUCCACUUAAACAGAAAUCUAGAAGCCAAAUGAAGGCGACAGCGGGCUUAAAGACAAGAGAUAACUGAACCUGUUAAUAUCUGGCUGUUUUAUUUCUGCACGUGCUUCAUUGUGUUUUCAUGUAAAUAACCAUGUCCCAUUUUUAAUGUAUAUUUGUGCCAACAGAUGAUGAUGUUGUACUCAAAUUAAGGCUUUCAGUGCCAACACCUUUACCAUGAUGUGAUUAAGGUCCCAAAUCAACCCUUUUUAAAAAUUUGUUAUGCUAUUUUGAUAUUUUGGCACACCAUAGCUAAGCCGCAGUGUCUUCCUGCUUCCUCCUGAGCUCAACACAGGUGCAGCCCAUUAGAGACUGAUCUGAGCGGGCAUCACAAAAGCUAACAGAGCACAAUAUGUGACCUUUAAAACUCUGCUUAAAUGGCAAAGAUGUUGAAU